AUUCCAGGUUACUAUGGAAAGACCCCAUUGCCAAGUAAACAGGGUGUUCACAGUACUAUAAAUGCUUCAUGUUCGUGUCUAGAUUUCAACCAAUUUUUCAAAUCAUCCAGGCACUCUUCGAAUUCCCAGUCACUCUUCAAAUCACAACCAGCAACAUGAAGUUCAUCUCAAUACUCGUUGCCGCCGUGGCACCCCUUUUGGUUCUUGGAAACCCUAUGGCUGCGGCCAAUGCUGGUGUACUGUCUGCUUCAGUGCCCCGUGCAGAGACCGAAGCUUGCUCUGCGUCUUGCGAGUGGUGUGUCGGUGGCAUUUGCCUCACCAAGAAGGAUGUUAUGAUGCCUCGCGCAGAGACCCAAGCUUGCGCUGAGUCCUGCGAGUGGUGUGUCGGCGGUCUUUGCCUGACCAAGAAGGACGUUCUGACGCUCCGUGCUGAGACCCAAGCUUGCGCUGAGUCCUGCGAGUGGUGUGUCGGCGGUCUUUGCCUUACCAAGAAGCUUUAAAGCAAUCUGAGGAUUUGGGGGCAGUGAAAGAAUGUGCGGCAUCGACCGCCAGUACUGCAUACGGUCUGCCACGGAAUCGUGCGGCCUAUGAAUGAGGAAAAGACGUUUAUGAACUUAUUUAUGUUUCUCUGGGGUGCUGGUCCAUUAUUGGAGGCAGUAUCAUUGUACAUAGCAUUUAAAUUGUAGGCUACGAGAAUACAUAUUGAAUUCUCCACACACUCUUAGCCACGACAGUCAAACCCUAAGGACGCA